AUGGCAGGAUUCUCAGACCUUUCUUUGGAGCUUUUGGAAGUCAUAGCUUCGCACCUUCGCGUCAAUAGGCCGGGAAAUGGCGCAGGCUCAACGCGGGAAAUACUGCUCAGCCACGAGGGAGGCAUCUCAGAAGUCGCAAGGGACCUGCGAGAAGCCCAGGCUGCCUUCUCCAGUUUCUCUUGCGUAAACAGAAUCUGCCAUCGAUUAUAUUACGAGGAGGCCCGGCGAGUCGUCAGCAUCCACGGUCCAGACGCAGCCAACCAGCUCAUCAGCCUGUUCCGAAUUCUGCACAAUAACCCUAGAAUCAGCCGCUUCGUCAAGGAACUUAUUCUUCACUUCGACCUGAAUGAUGACACGAGUCGCAUAUCAAUCAGAAAUAUGGCCUUUCUCAUGAGGCCUGAGAUCCUCCGGAUUUUCCGUGGUAAUACGAGUCUAAACGGGUAUCACAGAAAACUGGAAAGGGUUUAUGCGGAACAACCAACGGCAGUGAAGAAUUCGAAAUACAUACUCUGGGCUACGGCGCUGGUAUUCCACGGCUUGGAUCACCUCUCACACCUCACUCUCGCUAUCCCUGAACACACCCUCGCAUAUGGAAAAACCAUUAUAUUCGGUGCGGGAACCAUUGGUUUUCCAUCUCUACAGUCUUUGACUAUUGCAGACGCUGGUCUUACUCUGAACGAAGCGGGAUGGGCCUUCCCGGCUCCCUGCAUAUGGGACAGUUUGCUCGAAAGCGCUCCAGAUGUGUCGGAUGUUUUCCUUCACAAGUUUGAGAGUUUUGAUGGAUUCUUCGAGCAUGAAGCAAAUAGCUCCGGCAAAACUUUAACCUCACUCGUGCUUAACGAAGUUGAAAUCUACUAUCACGAUUUGCAAAUGAAGCUCCAAGAUUUCUCAAAUCUCGGAAAGUUCGUUUGCAGACGAGCAGCUAUUGGUUUUGAUGAAAGUCUACUCGGAGUGGAGGUCCUCGACACUGCCGAGGAUGACCCAGUGCCGUUGAUGACUCUCCUCUCUAAACUAGCUGCAACUCUACAUACCAUUUGCCUUCCUUCCGUACAUGAGCUUCCAGCGGUAUUGUUUGGCCCUUCCUCAUUCAGGAAGUUCCGAACCCUUCAAAACCUUUGGUUAGAUGCGGAUUUCAGCAAACCUCCGCGCGAUGAAGGUUACGGAAGUACGGAACCCCUGCAAGGCAGAAUUCUUAAACAUCUGCCGGCCUCCCUGGAGCGGCUGCACCUCGAGGGGAAACCCAACGAUGAAGACCUCACCUGGCUAGCAUCGAACUGCAGGUCCCGGUUACCGAAGCUGAAAGAAUUGGGAUUAGACGCGACGUAUGUUAAUUCUGCAAGCAUGGGUCCUCUCGUACAGCAGUUGAGAGACGCUGGCGUUGCUAUUGUUCCUGUGGAUCCGUAUCCCCAACUUUGGUAG